AUGUCGGCCGAAGAGGAUCUCAUCGAUUACUCUGAUGACGAGCUCAACAACGAGACCGCCGCUCCCGCAGCCAACGGAAAGAAGGGCGACGCUGCUGUCGCUGGACAAAAUGUCGACAAGAAAGGCUCAUAUGUCGGCAUCCACUCGACUGGUUUUCGCGACUUCCUCCUGAAACCGGAGCUUCUACGCGCCAUCGCCGAUUGCGGUUUCGAGCAUCCGUCGGAGGUUCAGCAGACAUGCAUCCCUCAGGCUAUGCUUGGUGGCGAUAUCAUCUGCCAAGCGAAGUCCGGUCUCGGCAAGACGGCCGUCUUCGUUCUUACUACCCUGCAGCAAGUUGAGCCCGUUGCCGGAGAAUGCUCCGUGCUGGUUAUGUGCCACACUCGUGAGCUCGCUUUCCAGAUUCGCAACGAGUACAACCGCUUCAGCAAGUACAUGCCCGAUAUCAAGACCGGUGUGUUCUACGGUGGCACUCCCAUCCAGAAGGAUGCCGAGAUUCUCAAGAACAAGGAAACACACCCUCACAUUAUUGUCGGCACCCCGGGUCGUCUCAACGCGCUUGUCCGUGACAAGCACCUACGACUUGGAAGCGUUCGCAUGUUCGUGCUCGAUGAGUGCGACAAGAUGCUUGAUCAGAUCGAUAUGCGUCGCGAUGUCCAGGAAAUCUUCCGCGCGACACCUCAGCAAAAGCAGGUCAUGAUGUUCUCGGCCACUCUCUCUGACGAGAUCAAGCCGAUCUGCCGGAAGUUUAUGCAAAACCCCACAGAGCAUUACGUCGACGAAGACACCAAGUUGACGCUGCACGGCCUGCAGCAGUAUUAUCUCGCCCUUGAGGAGAGGGAGAAGAACCGAAAGCUCAACGAGUUGCUCGACGAACUCCAGUUCAACCAGGUGAUUAUCUUCGUUAGGAGCACUCUUCGGGCCACCGAGCUUGACAAGCUCCUGCGCGAGUGCAACUUCCCGUCCAUCGCUGUCCACUCUGGCGUCAGCCAGGAGGAGCGGAUUCGCCGGUACAAGGAGUUCAAGGAGUUCAACAAGCGCAUCUGCGUUGCUACAGAUGUCUUCGGCCGUGGUAUCGAUAUCGAGCGGAUCAACCUGGCUAUCAACUACGAUAUGCCAGCGGAUGCGGACUCGUACCUGCAUCGUGUCGGCCGUGCCGGCCGUUUCGGUACUAAGGGUCUUGCUAUCUCGUUUGUCACUACCGACCAGGACAAGGAGGUCCUGCAACAGAUUGAGAAGCGCUUCGAGGUGGCUCUUCCUGAGUUUCCCAAGGAGGGCAUUGAUGCCUCCACAUACAUGGCUGCUUAG